GUUUCGUCGAUAGUAUAGCGUGAUACGAUACUCGAUAAACACAUGGGUAGAAAAUUGCAUAAAAGACCAGCAAAAAGGCUAAAAGCCAAAAGGAUUACUAAACAAUUGGAUGAAAUAUUUGAAGAUGUUAAAGAAGAAAAUCGUCAGAAGCUUGAAAAUCAGGCAGUUGAUUACGACUUGCCGGGAAAUGCGCAAUUUUAUUGCGUAGAGUGUGCGAAAUAUUGUAUAUCUGAAAAAGCACUUGAGGAUCAUAAGAAAUCGAGACCGCAUCGCAGAAAGGUAAAACAGUUGGAAAGCGGUGAAAAACCCUAUACCAUAGAAGAAUCUGAGAGAGCAGGUAAUAUGGGUAGUUACACAUAA